AGCGUCUGUCUGCUCAGAAGAGAAGUUACGACAGCGCCGAAAACAGCUCCAUCGCGGUAGAAGACACUCGAUUGCUGGCUUCUCUUGGCGUUCGGUCACCUCUACGACCGCUUGAAACGACGCUUUCGCAAAGUGAAAUUUGCCAUUCGAAGCCGCUCCGGAGAAUAGAUCCGCAAGAAAAAAACAUUCAUUUACGGGAAACAGAAGUUGAUUUGUGGGAAACAGACGAAAGUGCCUGUGAACGCCGUUCGCACGUCGAUCGGACGCGAACCGAGAUCGGUGAACGCGAAGCGGCUGCCAGUGCCCAAGAUGGUGAAGUUCAGCAAUGCGGUGCGUCGGCAUGUGGAAGAGCUUCGCCGUCGGACGCGCUUCCCGGGCCAUCAAAGGGGAAACAGAAACACCCGUCGAGAGCCGAUGACUGCCGAUAUUCAAGCGUCGAGAGAUCGCCUGCUGAAAGAAGCCGUGAUUCUCGAGUACAACUCACCUCGCACUUCUCGCCAUGUCUCGUGAGCCCUGUCCACAGUCCACAUACUUCGGUCACGGAAGCAAGUGUAGAUCCUAUAUCUGCAGGCUGUAGUCCGGGAAAGGAAUUGUGUUCAGCAACCAGUCUUAACAUCUCGAAACGCGAAGACGUGGCAGUGCUUAGCACAGCUGAGUGUUUUCCCGCUGCUUUUGGGCCUAGCAAUCUACGAGGUGGAGUCAACCAACAUGGAAACCAAUCAGUGGGUCUAUUUCAACAAAAGGAAGAAGAUGGCAAGCACACUGCAAGGUCGUCUCAUAUCGGCAUUAUUGGAGGUGGAAGAAGCUCCAAACAGUCAUGUGUGACUUCUGCCUAUGUAGCCAUGCCAAAUGUGCAAUGCCACGAAAAGCAAUCAAUUGUUCAGAAUGAUGUCCAGUUGCUGCCCGUUCCAGACAGAGAGAACUUGCAUGACGAGCUUGUGGAUAACUCCCAGAAGGAGAUGUUUGAAGAGCAGGAGGUAUAUCUGGACAGCCAAGACAACAGAGACACUGUCACAGUUACUGAAGAGUCUGCAACUGAGAGCACCGAAAUGACAGAGCCUCAGUGGCAAACAACAGAAACUUCAGAUUCUCUCAGUUCCAAGUCAUGGUCUCCCAAGCGCAAGAGGCGGCGGACAAUGUGCAAGCCACCGGCACUAUCGGCCGCUGCAGACACAAAAAGCUACAAUUUCAGACAACGAAGGCUUUCUCACAGCCCUCCUGUAAUGAGACCAAUGAGCAGAGAGGCCAAGAAUGUCCUGGGCGCUUUUCAAAGGCUCAUUCAACAGGCACGUCAGCUACCCGUCUCUACAUUUCAGCUGCAAUUUGAGAAGCUGGGCUUGCAUCAAUAUUGGGAUGCGAAGGGCAUGUCUGGCUAUCAAGCAAAUCUACAGAGGCUUGAAAAUGGGUUUUGUGGUAGCUUGUUGUCAGAGGACUGUUGUGAUGAGACGGCCGUUCGCACAGAUGCAGAACAGGUCAAGGGACGCAUGAAUACUGAUAGCCCUUCUGUGCUCCAGACACCAAUGUCCUCUAGGAGGUUUGAAUCGGCUUCCGUAGCUCUGUCGCUCUUGCCAGACAAGAGAAAUAAAAUGCCACAGAACGCAACAGACUGUGAAAAACGAGAGACCCGACGUAGUCGCCGCCAGAAAGGACAAUCUUCUGUUUCUUCGGGCUCUGCUCAUCUGGAAAGUAUCGCAACCUCCACUGUGGCUCCUGGUGGCCGGUCCAGCAGAAAGGGGAGGUCGAUGCCUGGUAUUGUUGUGCGCAGUGUCAGCAACAUGACUGAUGACUGUAGUCGAGCCACUGAUGCGGAGCCAAAAGAAUCUUCUCCAGUUUGUGAGCACACAACACCUCAUGUGCAACUGCCGGAAGUGGCUCGGUUCCCAGGUGGCAGAACUGCAAGCCGUACUGUGGAUCAGUGUUUUAGAAAACAGUGUGAAAAAACUGAGACACCAGUGUCUUCGACAAUUGUCUGUGAAGUUGCCGCUUUACCCGAGGAGGUUGAACAAAGCUCGAUGUGCGUACACACAAGUCGAGAAGUGUCAGGUGUAAGUGUUAGCACAGCUAUCGACUCCUGUGAAAUUACUGCUGUUGAAGUUCAGAAGCACACGGUAGUGGAAAUGUGUUUGCAUGACGUCGGCAGCACUUCCAGAAACCUAACUACUAGUCCACAAGAGCCCGGAAAUCAUGUGCACCUUGUAGACACGCAAAAUAGUUGUAGAACUACAAGGAAAGUGUUUACUGCUUUAACACGUGUGCUUGAUUGCAAAGACAAGUGUUCUUCACAAGAACUUGACAGAAAUGGUCGGCAACUAGAGAACAUAAGGUGCACAAUGUCGUCCACACGGAGUGAUGUUUGCAAACCAGUCAAUGGGCAAGGUUCAGAGUGUAGCGACGGCGAGGAUGCUUUGGCAGCAACAAGUCCAGCGCACAGCAACCUGUUCACUCAGAGUGAAGAAAGUGACAGUGCUGGAGGUGAAAUCAACGAGUUUGUCACCACUGUUGUAGCACAGCUUAAUCCACGGAUGAGUGGUGCUGCAGACCACAGGCCUGUGGAUGAGCCGCAGGACAGCCAGGCUAGCCAGAGUGACAGUGCGACUCCUGACAAUAUAGACCUACCUGAAAGUCUGACUCCAGAACUAGCCGGUACACCAAGGCACUUGUCACCAUCGCAUGGACACCAAGGUCUGCUUACAGAAGCUGAAAAAGGAGGACUGGAUAGCAAAGAAGAAGGUCUUGGCCAUGUUGCGGACAACACCAAGAAUGCCGAAUUCUCGUCUCCUUUACAAGCUGCCAGCAAGGCAUCGGAUCUUCCCUCAGGCUUUGCAGAACUUGCUUCUAGUACCUGUGCACCAUCAUGUGGCCUUUCUGGCAAAAAAGGAAUAGGCAGUGGCACCAAAGCUACAGAUGUGCGUUCUCAUCGCUCACCCAUUUUGUCUGCAGCUGAAGCAAGCAAGGCAGAAGAACAGACCGCCACUUGCCUGCCUGAUGCUGUUUCAAGGUGUGUUGCCAAGAAGCUCUUUGCUGAUGCCUCAGUUGGCAAGAAAGCUUCAGCCUCUAAUGCGGACUUGUCGGCCCUGUUGGACCCGCAAGUACUGGAAGGCAUGUUCGACGAGUGGUCGGAAGAUCUCGACAGCGCCGCUAGGCCUGUCAAUGCAGCAGACACCGACGACAGUGGAAGCAGGAGUCAGAGUUGUGUCAUUGCCAUCCAAAAAGAACACUCGGUUAAUGAAGCGUCAGCAGCUGCUGGCGGCUGCAGAAACAGCAGUGCACGCCACACACCAGUCCAGAUAACACGCAGUGAACUUGGCAUGUCGCAGACAGCAGGCAUGUUGCCACAGAGCUUGCAGAUACAUCAGUCAGGCGAUGAAUGCAGCGUUGACAGGGAACGCACUGACGGCCAAAACCACAGCCAGGGAACAGAGGAUGCAGAGGAAGCGGAAUGUGGUUCACCAGAUCCUGCACUUAGGGAUAGCAUUGAGGCACAAAGGAAGUUGCCAUCAGAAGACCAGUGUUCUCAGUCUGUUUCAAACUCCCUCGAAGCUCUUUCAGGCAUGUCAAGGUUUUCAGAUGAAAUGGAAGAAAGGGGUGUGGUGCCAAGUGCCGAAGGCGACCAGCAGCUCGGCUGUGGAGACCUGAGCUCGCCUGUGCAGUCUGAUGGCAAGUGCGAUGGUUUGGGUGAGGAAGACCAUGAUGGAGCGGGAUGGGACAACACAGGCGUUGCAUAUGAAGAACCGAACCAAGUCACUACCUGUCAUCGUGGUUCCUUGCUUGGCACGUGCAAUCCCCUCCUGUUCUUCUGUGAGCUGAAGUGUGAGCAGGAGCAGCCCAUAACAAGUGUGCACCUGGUCCAAGCAGUGACACACCCAUUCCUGGUGUCAGUGCAAGCAUCCGCCAUCAAUGUCUGGCACUUGGAGCAGCACGGUUGGCAACACAGCCUGGUGAUGAGAAAGCUCAAAUUCUCUGUGGAAGAGGACCACUGCCUCCUGAGCUGUGAUCAGUGGACCGUCCUGGUGUACCUGAGUGCCAGGACGCCCAUGCAACUGCCAUGCCUGGAGUGGUACACGCACAAUGGCCAGGAUGGUAGCCAGCUCCUGCUCACACUGGGCAGCCUUGGCAGUGCAGAUGGCCUCUCGUUGAAGAGAAGUCAGCGCAUCUAUCGUAUAGCCAAGCUAAGCCGAGAGGGCUGGUUCGCAACUGCGCUAAGGACCACCGGCGGAGCCACGCUGUUGCGCGUUCAUCGGCUGUGUCACGUGCACGGAGAACUCGGUGAUGAGACGGAUUUGCUGGGAUGCACAUCAAGCCCGCUUGACUCGCUUGUCAGCAUUGAAGGACAACGUGAUGCACUGCUCGGGAACUCUGCCAACAUAUUUUACGUGUGGGACUGCAAUGACAGGGUGCUGGUGAAGAAGAUGAUCUACGAGCCAGAUGUGUUUGGAGACCUGCAGCACAUCUCCUGGUGCUGCUCUGACAGGGGCCUGUUGUUCGUGUUAAUGCAGUCAUUCGAUGAAGUGACGUCAACACUGGUGGCCAUGAACCCAUUUAGCUGUAAGGCUGAGGCAGUCAGCAGCUUGUCCUGGAAGCUGGCUACUAAGGCACAAGCUGGAGGCUCAAGGUCGUGUAGCAUUCGCGUUGAAGGUCGCUACAUGGCAUGUGUCGCCCCGGGCUACGGCGUACGGAUUUGGAACAUCUUCACUGGCAACCCCGUGGCCAACAUGUGGUAUCGCAGUUCAACAAGUGUGACAAUGACUGAGCUCUCUGGAUCAAUGGUGGCUGCUGUUGGAUUGGAUGACGGUCGCGUGCUUGUGUUCAAUUCCUAGCAAAGUGCUGCAUCUACCAUUUCUUCGUGUUAUGGCAGGUGAGAUUUGGUGACCACUUGGCCUGCCAUCCCCAAGAAGAGUUCCUAGCAUGAAUGUACUCCACCAACCCGUACCUCAAGAAUAUGCAGUCAUGAUGUGCGUCACGGCACUCGAGUGACCUUCAUGAGCCAAAGUGAACAAUUCCAAACCUGUGCACCCUGGUAUUUAUUGUGUAUAUGUAUAUAUAUAUUAUUUGUAUAUAAGCAUUGCAUGUGUCACGUGUGUACUACCCAUGCCCUGUACAUACACUCACCUUGUUGCUGUACAAAAGUUUGUUGAACAAGAACAGAUAAGCAUGUUGUAUUCAUUGCUUGCCACAAGCUAUACAUAAAGAAAGUGUAUGCCAUGUGCCUAUUUCCUGUGAACUGUACAUGCAUUUUACUGCUCUAUUUACUAUUGUUUAAAAGAGCAGCUAAGCCUGUCUUGACCAGUACACAUUACAGGUGGCUUUACUAAAAGCAGCACUUCCUUAACAGAUGUGUUAACAGUUCAUUGUGAUGUGUACUGCAUUAUAGGAUAAGCAGAUCUCUGCUGAUAGUUUUACCAGUUUAUACAAAUUAUGUAACUGCUUCCUUUUUUUUUUUCCUACCUGAAUGAAGAAGGAGCCAGUGGUAGAUCUGGUAUGAUUACCGUACUCAAAAAAGUGAUUUGUGAUAGAUGAAGUGUGACUGUCUUCUGUGGUCAUUCACCAGUGCCAAAAUUGUUUUUAGGCCUACGAAGUCAUGCCACACACCACUUUGAGAUUUCCCAGCAGGAGGUGACGGUAUUCCAAAUGAAACGAAAUUUUGCAGGCAAGAGAUGAGAAUCUUGAAUUUAAAACAGCAUAACACGGGACAGUAAACAGAAGAGGACACACGGAGCGCCAACUUCCAACACUUCUUUUUCCUAAAAGAUGUUUGCUCACUAAGGACAAAGCAAUGGAAGUCGUUGCUGUAUGUGUUCUAUUCCCCUUUCCCCUGUUGCACUGCUGUAUUUCCAAAACGUUCAACUAACAAGCCUGAUAGUGAAAGAGAUAAACUCCAGCUUUAUAUAACUAGGUUCCUCCACAUGUUCAUAGCAUUCCCAAUAAGAUAGUUGGAAAAAAGAAAAUGAACCAAUGACUUGCGCACUCGUAGUGGAUGGUACAGCGUGGAAGAGCAUGCGAGCAUUCUUUUAUGCUUCACGCCCACUGGGAGCAUAAGCAUCUACCUUUCGGCACCUUUCCAACAGAACACUUUAUUAAUUUACCAAUGGCAGCCUAUUGUCAUAGCCUCAGCGCUCUUUGGCCGAUUCUGGUCCUUGCGCCAAAAAACUCCAAUCAUCAGAAACAGAAACACUGUUGCCUUUCCAGUGCAAUGGCAAUGGCUGACACCAGGCUGUGAUACUCGUGCUGAAAUUAAAGGACGAGUGGUAAGCACAAAGAGGAAUCGCGAAGUGGGCAAGUUGGAAUACAUUCACGGCAUGGACAUGGGAAAGUAUGGAUGAAAAGGAUGCCAUCUCUCGACUGAACAUCUUUUAGAAACACCUGACCUCUUUUUUUAGCAUAAGAAAAACAAAGUGCAGGCAAGAGCCAACUAUGAAGUGCAAAAAAUGAUGAGGAAACGAGCAGUCGUGUAUACGAGUAUGUGUAGUCAAUUCAACAUGGGUGGUGCAUGCAAAACAAGGACGUGGGAGAGAUAGGGACACACGUAGUGCUAAAUUUCACUUGCUUUGGCAGUGCUUGUGUCCCUGUCUCCCAUUAGAAUCAAGUUUGUGGCAGAGAACAACAUACAUAUAAAUAGAUAGAGGGAGGGAGACCUCCUGUUGGAGAUUACAAUCAAGAGUAGUUGCAAAAGCAACAUUCUAACAUCAGUAAACUUAGUUGCAUUGUAACACAAUAAUUAACACACAUAUCGGGAAAAGCAAUAUGAGAACUAUAAACAUUUAACGAUUUUCAAAAGAGAAAGUGUGAAACUGAAUAAUUAAGUAAACUAAUAUUUUUUUGGUUUUCAAAGUACCAAGUGAGGAAUAGUGGUUAAUGCAAGACUUAAUGUGAGCAGAAAAAUGCGCAGUAUGUCGACCAUAAUUUGUGUUACAGGUACCAAAGAAUUUAACACAAAUUUAGUAGGACUAAUGUUAAGGAGAGCGGCGACACAAAAUACAUUUGACGGUGUAAGAUGAUUGACUGAUUUAAACGGGCCAGUGGCAAGACGAUAUGUCUGCAGAUGAGAAAUUGAAAGCAUAUUGAAAUGAAAGCAACGUAGAGGCACCGCUGCAGCAUGAACUAAAUGUUAGCAUUGUAAUGGCUUGGUUCUUUUUUUCGUCCUUGUUUUCCGGGCACUACCUACGGUGAAUUGUGCAUUUCCAAAUCGCCCGUACGAGUAUGCUCGUAGGCAAUCGUUUCUGCAUUGCAGUUGGCUGAAAGACAAAUUGAUAAAAAAGAAAAACUAGACCAUGCACAGUAUUGCCAUUUCUUGCUUUUGUUAUUCGCUCUAUAGAAAAAGCGAAGUAUUAUCACCGUGUCUAAUUCGCUUUAAAGCAGCCACACAUUGUGAAGUGUGCAGCUCGUGAUUUCAGCUGUUUCACAGAUGCACAGUAUGCACAGAGUUGCCAUUCUCUGGUCACCAAGCUGAGCUGGAAACGGUAUCAUGGGAUAGCAACCUUCUCAUUCAUGAAAAAGAUGUGUGAGGAAGCCUGGUUGAACGAUUUCUUACUCACCAUUUGCAGAAUGAUGUCUCCUGAAUACAGUCCUCUUCACUAGUCCCAUUCAGAAAUCUCUUUUUCAAAGCAAGAUUCGCUUCUUUUUUUUUUUCGCUUUUAUAUAUCAACAAGUUCAGUUUAAAAGAUUCAGAACUGCACGAGGAAUGCGGGGACAAAGGACAGGAAAAAACACUCUCGGUUGAUUAUGCUGUGUUGGAGAAAUAACAGCUGUACAAAGGCACAGCCAAAGAAAGAAAAAGCUGAGACCAGACUGGUGCAUGCUUUCAUAUGUGUGCUCUUACAUGUGGCUUGAUUAAUAGUAGGUCAAGCCUCGGUCAAGAGCCGAGGUUUCGACAAGGAAAACUUGCCUUCCUCAAGGCUCUGAUGAACACAAGUGCCUUUAUCGUCGAGCGAUUUUUCAGAACUUUUCUUCUUGGACCCACUCGAUUAUUCUAACCUACCACCAGCGGCAGCAACACUAAGAUGGCAAGUGAAAUUUAGGCCGCCAUUACAUUGAUAAUUCACGAACGAACAUCAUGAACAUUUCCAUUUUUCCGUGAUGCAAAUAAUUUUUUCAUGUGAACAUAGAGAACAGCCCCCUCGAAACAAGGUCAGGCAAAUUUCUUAAUAGUAUGUGUGUCUUGAUUAAUGAAACCACUAAAAGUGGUUUCAUUAGUCAAGACCUCUUUUAGUAUUUCUCGCAAAAUUUUAGUAUUUGUCAGCUUUGGUGGUAGUGUUUUUUACAUUCGUAGGAUGGCAGGUCUGUGUCUCAGUUACUUUCCCAUGGGAUACUCGUCUGAGAAGCAUCGCCAAUGCAUUUUUUUUUUGUGUCCCUUGUGUUAGUUAUGUUUGUGCUGUUUUGAAUCCUUUAAAACAAACGUUAGCCAAGACAGCCUGGCCUUGUCGCUUCAGUAUCGCUAUGAAUGUCCAGAAGAUCAAUGCAAUUAACACUGCUGUUGGGAAAGAAUUAUAUCUGUGAGCCUAAAAGACAGAGUGUGUUUCCUCAUCAUUUCCUGCAUGGGUUCUCAUGGCUGUCUUUUAUUUUUUUUUACCCCACGUUCAUUCAGCAUUAAGGAUAUGGUUGCUUUUGGUUGCCUGGUCAUGCACCUGUAUUGCCACUAAAUGGAACUUAGUUGUGCAAUUCAUGUGUUCCACACAUGAUGUUCCUUGCUGUGAUUUCUAUAUUGUUGCAUACCUUCUGCUGCGCAUCUCUAAUUAGCUAAUGUGAUAGGUAGCCACAUGGUGUGGAGACAUACAUAUGUAGUAUAAUUCACUGUUGUUGGGGGCGCCUAAUUAGCAUUUCAACGAUUACAGCCCAGUUUUGACACAAAGUCAUCAGCACUAAUAUUUUCCUGUUUCACUCGGACCUCAUUAUAACGCAUCUAUGCGAAAAUACCUUCGUUAUAUCUGAUAUUUGUUACAAGCACAUAUUACAUUCUAAUAUGGCUGAAAAUAAUUGAGUUACAUUGUUAUAUAUUUUAUAAUUCAUAUAACCAUGCUCAUUAUGUCGAGAUUCUACUGUAUAGGUCCAGUAAGCAAAUCACAUCAAGCACUUUUUUCUAUGAAUUUUCAUAUGUUCAUGCUGUGCUGGUUUGAAUACAAAUUAGGUGUCCCUUUUAACAUUAUACUGUACUGUAAGUGUAAACAGCUCUUCAUGUGCCAUGAGCAGAUUUCCUCCCACAUGUGACCAAACCAGAACUUCCAUGUUGGUAGGGGCAUGACUGCAUGAGUUGCAAGUGCGAGCUUAAUAUCUUUGUUGUGUUGCUAGUAGGAAUGGUUUGGCUGUGAUGUUGCAAUAUAAUGUUGAAUUAUUAAAUAUGGACUAUUGUGUACAUGAAAAAUCUUUGUUGUGUACACUUCUUUCUGUGUGAUUUUGUUAUAUGAGAUGGUGCAAAGAGUUUUCCUUAGCCUACAUGGUCUGUUGUGUACAUACAUAUUGUUUUGGCAUUCGUUUUUAUGGCCUUGGCAGGCACAAGUUCCACCAGUGAGGCAUCUUCUAACCUCCAUGCAUGAGAGGGGUAAUCUUGCUUUAUAUAAUUGCAAUUGCCACUAGUUUAUUAGAAAGUUACUGAAAGUGCCUUCUCAGGAAAUAAAAACAAGAGUGUGCUCACCA